AUGCCCCACGAAAAUCGCAUAGCGAGGAACCGCCUUAACUUCCUCUGGAAGCAGUUAGUUGAUGAGAAAAGGCUCUCCACCUGGGACAAUGUGGUUAGCGACAUAGGCCUCGCGGAAUACGACAUCACUCGCCAGGGGUAUGACUUUGAAAACCUAGACGACGAGUCUUCCAACCUCGGUCAAACUCCUCCUAUCCUUUUCGUGCCUCUGCCACUCGCGGAGCUCCGUGCUCAUCCCAUUGCGCCUGAGUGCCUCGAACACAUGAAGUACAGCGAAUAUGACCCCGAUGACAGUACUUGGUCGACGCCGCGGCACUGCGCACAUAAUACAGCUACGUACUUGGACCAUUGUAUGAGUGGUUUCAGACCAAGUCUUGCGGAAAAGAAUACUUGUACCGAUUUUAUCUGUAGCGAAUUUAUGGAGCGGGAAAACUUGGAACCUCUUUGCCCUCCCAACCCUUUCUGGUUUGGCUGGGGACUCGAUGGACCCGAAUGGCAAACCAUUAGUGCCACUUCCCCUGGGCAGGUAGACGGCCAGGAUGUCUACGCAAACCUUACCUUGCAAACGGUUCAUUCGUUUUACGGCGUAGAGGGCGCAAUGCACUAUCACGAGCUCGUGGUCAUCAUAUCCGCGAUGAGGAAUCGCGCUCGCCAGUUCAAAGUGGAUGAUAUGGAUAUGGACGACGAUGAUGAGAUGCGAGAGCUCGAGGAUACUAUAACCGAGAAAGAAUGGGAUGAAUACGACCGCGUCUUCCCAAAGGAGGCACGGUUCCCAGUCCUCAUGACCUCGUACUUUGGGCCGCAACACGGCAGGGUGUUUUACGCCUGCAUGGACGGUCAGCAACUCAUUAUCCGCCAAUCGAAGAUCUAUAGUUUCGAAAGAUUCGAAAGCGCGCCUAUCGAGCUGUUCACCCGACUUCUACUGAGCCGUCCUCUCGCAGACCCGCUUCUUAGCUUGCCAUAG